AGUGACAGCUGAGCGGCUCUCGGGCUCCAGACAUGCACCCAAUGCUGCCGGAGCUUCCAGGGGGACCCUUUCGCAGCGGUGGGGACAGCGGUGGCAGCGGAGCUGAGGUGCUGUGGGUGCCUGCCUGCACCAGGGGAGACAAUGUGGCCCCCCCUCGUCCUGCUGCUCCUGCUCACAGCGGAGAGGACGGCUCACAGCACCUUCCCCGAGGAGCCCAGCCCCAUCGCCGUGGCAAACGAGGACUAUGUGAAGCACUACGCUGUGUUCGUGGGCCAUGGCAGCAGCCGGCCGGGCGGCCCCGAGGGUGGUGGCACUGAACGCCUCAACAUCCAACGCAUCCUCAAGGUCAACAGGACCCUCUUCGUUGGAGACAGGGACAACGUCUACCGUGUGAGCCUGGAGCCCACUGCUGGCAGUGAGAUGCGCUAUCACCGGAAGCUGACUUGGAGGUCGAACCAACACGACAUCAGCAUCUGCCGGAUGAAGGGGAAACACGAGUGUCACCCUGUGCCUCUCGGCUCCCUGCCAACGCUUGUGUCAACUGUGAUUUAUUGGACGCUGGUAUAAUUGGGUUUGUAAUUAAUUAUUUCUGGCCCGUUGAUCAGAGCAGACACAUCUCAUAAUCUGCGAGAAAUCCAAUUUCCAGGUCCCGUCCGUGUCCCCUGGGGCUGCCCACCACCCCCCCAGCCCAGCCUCUUGUGGUGAGGGGGGCAGA